AUGGCUGCGACGAAUUAUGUUGUUACAGUUCAGCGGCCUACGCUUGUAACAGCACUUGCAACAGGCUAUUUUACAUCGCCAAAUGAAUUCAAUUUAAUUGUUGCUAAAAAUACACAUUUUGAAAUCUAUAUUAUUGGCUCGGAGGGUCUUAAACUAGUCAAAGAUGUUUGUCUCUAUGGUAGAAUCAAUAUACUCAAAUGCUUUCGUUUAUCUAACAUGAACAAAGAUGUUGUGUUCAUUUUGACUGAAAAAAAUCAUGGAAUGAUAUUAGAUUGUCGAAAAGCUGACAACGAUCAAUAUGAAAUAUUAACAAAAUAUCAUGGUUUAUUAAAGGAUACUGGCCGACGUUCAAUUCGAUCGCCUAUAUGUACCAUUGACACAAAACAUGGACUUAUUUUAUUGCGUCUAUUAGAAGGAGUUAUAAAAGUUAUUUAUCUCAAAGAUUUAUCUUCUCAAGAAACUGUAUCAAAAACUCUAGAAGCCUAUAAUAUCAAAAUUGAUGAACAAAAUAUAAUCGAUAUCCAAUUUUUAACUGAUCAUCAAAAACCAACAUUUAUAAUUUUACAUACACGUAAACCAGAAUGGUACUAUCUGAGUGACACUGAACCCGAAGAAUAUUUUUUACAUACAUAUGAAAUCGACUUAAAAGAACGUGUGUUAUCAAGAUUAAGUUGGAAAGAAAAAAUAACAAACUCGGAAGCAUCAUUUCUUAUUCCGAUUGGAAGAGAUGAGUUUAGUUGUAUAGUUAUUGGCCGAAACUCUAUAGGAAUAUGUAAAGAAAAUGGUCAAAUACUAAAUAUUGAAUCACCGCUACUUGAGGAAACAACAUCUUUAAUAAGUUAUUGUCCGAUUGAUGAUGAUCGUCGAUAUUUAAUCAGUGAUGAUAGGGGUAGACUCUAUGUACUUAUUCUCGAAGGCAAUACACAAGAUGAAAACUCAACGAUAACAAUAACUGACAUGAAAUUAAAUCUUCUUGGCGAAACAUCAAUUAGUCAAUAUAUAGUUUAUUUAGAUAACAGUGUUGCUUUUAUUGGAUCCUAUUUUGGUGAUGGUCAACUUAUUCGACUUCUGUCGGAGCCACAAAAUGGUAGUCAUUUAGAAAUGCUUGAAUCAUAUACAAAUCUUGGACCUAUUCUUGAUAUGUGCCUUAUUGAUCUAUUGCGACAAGAUCGACAAUUAGUAACAUGUUCAGGAAAUUCAAAAGAUUCAUCAUUGCGCUUCAUUCGAACUGGUAUUGGCAUUCAUGAACAUGCAUCCAUUGAUUUACGAAAUAUAAAAGGAAUUUGGGCAUUGAAAAUCGAUAAUCAAUUUGAUAAUCAUCUUGUUGUGGCAUUUUUCGACCAAACAAGAUUAUUUCAUUUGCAAAAUGAUGAAAUUGAGGAAAUCGAAUUACCAGCAUUCGAUUUUCAACAUCAAACAUUAUUUUGUACUAAUGUUACAUCUAAUCAAUAUAUACAAAUAACAACCUAUUCAAUACGUCUAAUCGGUAAUAAUGGUCAAAAUUUAUUUGUCGAAUGGAGAAAUGAAAAUAAUGAAAUCACAGUUGCUUCAUCAAAUACAACACAAUGUGUAUGCGCUAGUGGAAAUCAAUUAUUCUAUUUUGAAAUUGGUCCUGCAAGUUUACAAGAAAUCAGUAAAUGUCAAUUGCCAUAUAAUAUCGCUUGUUUGGAUGUGACACCAAUAAAUUCGCGAGAUGAACGAAGUAAUCUUUGUGUUAUUGGCCUUUGGACACAAAUAUCUGUUUGGGUAUGUCGAUUACCAACACUGGAUAUUCUACAUCAAGAAUCAUUAACAUCGGAUACAUUACCGCGAUCGGUUGUAAUGAUAACAUUCGAUUCACAGCCCUAUGUUUUUGUUUCAUUAGCUGAUGGUCCUAUUGUUUAUUUUUUACUCGAUGUUGAACAGGGCUUAUUAUAUGAACGAAAAAAAGUUCCAUUAGGUACAAAACCUACAACACUAACCAUCUGUCAGCAUACAGAUUUAUCUUCAACAUCAAAUAAUACAUCUAUAUCACGUACCGUUCUAUUUGCUUGCAGUGAUCAUCCAUCGGUCAUAUCAUCAUCAAAUAAUAAACUUGUUUUUUCAUCUGUAAAUCUACGUGAAAUUGUUUGUAUGUGUUCAUUUAAUUCAGAAUAUUAUGGGCCAAGCUUAACAUUAGUUACUGAUAUGGGCGUCAUAUUAGGUCGAAUUGAUGAUAUACAAAAGUUACAUGUACGUUCAUUGGGCUUAGGUGAAGCGGUGCAACGUAUCGAUUAUUUAGACGAAGAAAAAAUUUAUAUUAUUUUAACACAUUAUAUGGAUACUUAUAAAAAUGAUAGUAGUGUACCUAUUAGUCAACAAGCAUAUCAAAGAAUAGAUUGUAAAACUACAAUAGAAAAAAUUAAAGACGUAACACAACAACAGCUCGACGACAUGUUUGACUCGAUUGUUAUACUUGAUCAACAUACACAUGAAGCACAUGCAUCUGUAAAACUAUUAAAUAGUGAAGCAGCAACUAGUCUAUGUGUGAUAACAUUUACUGAAGAUCCUACAACGCCCUAUAUUGCCGUUGGUACAACAAUUGUAUUAGACGAUGAAGAUACGCCAAGAUCUGGUCGAAUAGUUUUAUUUCGUUAUAUGAAUGGUCAAAUAACUAUGAUUUCAGAAAAAGAAGUCAAUGGUCCACCGUUUCGAAUGUUACCAUUUCAAGGCAAAUUACUUGUUGCAAUUGGUAAUUCUGUUCGAUUGUAUAAGUUUUCGUUGGAAAAUCAUGAAUUAAUACAAUUAGCAAAAACAUCUGUGGAUUAUGUCGAAUGUUUACAAUUAAAAGUUAAAGAUGAUUUUAUUCUAUUCGGUGAUUUAAUGAAAUCAUUAACAGUACUUCGUUAUAAUGCUGACGAAAAGAAAUUUGAAAAUAUUGCAAAUGAUCCUCGUCCACAAUGGACAAAAGCAUGUGAAUUCAUUGAUGAUGAUACAUUUCUAUGCGCAGAAGACGGCGGUAAUUUAGUUUCAUGUCAUAAAAAUAGUGGCUCAACAAAAGAACAAGAAAGAAAUAUUUUAAAUGAACUUGGACUAUAUCAUUUAGGAGAAGAAAUUAAUCUAUUUCGACGAGGUUCCCUUGUGACACAACAUGCAGCUGAAUCGUCUAUUGCUAUUGAUACAUGUAUUCUAAUGGGUGCUAUAUCUGGCUAUAUUGGACUUCUUCUUCAACUCCCACCACCAUUAUAUCAAUUACUUAUGUCAUUACAAUUAGUACUAGCUAAAUAUGUACCAAGUGUUGGCAAAAUUGAACAUGGUACAUGGCGUUCAUUUGAAUCUGAUGAGCGUUCGGACGUUUCAUGUGGUUUUGUGGACGGUGAUCUUAUUGAAACAUAUCUUGAUUUACCAAAAACUGUGCAACAGGAGCUUAUCAAAGAGCUACAUGGAGAAAAUAAUGUUCAAUUGAAUACAUCUGUUGAAGAGCUAGUCAAAAUAAUUGAAGAACUUGCGCGAAUACAUUGA